CUGAUCUCUCCAAGGUGCUAGCAGUCUGCUCCGCCUUGUCUCCGCCUUUUGCCGCUUCUCUCCGCUUUCCCUUACUUUUGCGACUCUUUGUAUAAAUAGACGGCCGUCUCCCGCCACUGAGCAGCAAUUUCAUAUCCAUGUCGAUAUUCGCGACUCGCUUCCUAGCCAAAGCACCCGUUUCCCGACUUUCUGCGCCUCGCCAGUCCGCAGUUCGAACAUACGCAAUCCCGCACACUGCCACCCAGCGCAUAGCCGCCGCGACCCGCAAACAGCCAAAGAUGGACUCCCAGUACAUAUUCUCCAAGCCCAUGCUUGCAACGUGGGCCACCUGCUGCAUUGCCUUUGGCGUGUCAGUGGCGCUCCUGGGCGUCGACCAGGGGUGGGUGCGUUUCAGCACGGCCAAGAAGAGCGUCGAGAGCGCUGAUAAGCCGGACGAGAUUGAGGAGGCGAAGCGGAUCAGCGAUUCGCUGAUGCAGACAGAGAUCGCCAAGCAGUGCCUGGAGCAGCCCGACGAGUGGAAGCGGAUUCCGUACUUUUGGUCGCAGAACAGCAGGGCCAUGAAGCGUACGUUUGUGCAGGGUGCGCUGUACGGCCCAGACAAGCUGACGGCCGAGCCGCUUGUGUUUCUGAACCGCGACCGCAAGCAGUUCAUCGUCAUUGCGCAUAUCGGCAACAGUCUGUGCGGCCACGAGGGCAUUGUGCACGGCGGUCUGCAGGCCACGCUGUUCGACGAGAUCACGGCGCGCCCGGCGUUCUGGAACCUGCCGCGCAGCGUUGCGCUGACGGCCUCGCUCAAGGUCAACUACCGGAGACCGGCGCUGGCCAACCAGAUCUUUGUGUUCCGCACCAGCCUGGAGCACAUGGAGGGCCGCAAGGCCACGAUUAAGGCAACCAUGGAGGACCUGAAGGGGAACGUGCUGAGCGACGCCGAGUCGCUGUACGUCAGCCCCAGCAACGAGAAGCUGGUGUCUGACAACUCCAGCUUGCUGAAGAUGAUCGAGGGCGUGUACCCAGGCGCCUUCUGAGACCAGCAUAUACAUACGCACUCUUUUGUUUUUAAUACCAGCAACCGUUCUAAUAUCCCACCGGAUGUGUCUGCACUGCAUGUAU